AUUGCAGGGAUUUUGAACAUUGUUGGAAUUGUGAGAUGGAUUUAACCGGUGCCUCAGCUGUUAGCCAACUUGCAAGCGCGUCUAGUCGUCUGUUUCUGGCUUCUGCACCUAUUGAAAAGAGCAGUUCGAAAGCUCUUGGUUUACUAUCUGCUUUACCUUCUCCUCUGGAUGAAGUAGCUUUGUUUUCUUCGGCGGCAGGAGUCGUAUUUGGCUUCCCCUAUUUGACUCCGAAAGGUCCCGAUCCAAGGAAAGAUUCUUGGUACCAAAGCAUAAAGAAGCCUGUGUGGCAACCACCAAACUGGUUGUUUCCGGCCGUAUGGAUUCCUCUUAAAGUGUUACAGAGUGCAAGCUUGUUCUUGCUCUGGAGGAAAGAAGGUGAUUUCCCCAUCGUUCCUAGCGCAGCGUUUGUCGUACAUUUAAGUUUUGGAAACCUUUGGAACUAUUUGUUUUUUGCACGUCGUAAUAUGUUUGCAAGUUUAUUCGCUAUGGGCGGUUUCUGGGUUUCCUUGGCUAGCACUAUCUUUGCUUUCCAUAAAGUAGACUCUUAUGCGGCACUUUUAUUGGCGCCCACUCAAAUUUGGGCCACUAUAGCAGCAGCUCUCAAUUUUCAUACUUAUUGGCUCAAUCGAAGACCGAAAGACAAGGAUGAAAAAAACUCAUAUGAUAGUAAAAAGGCAAAGUGAGGAGUUGCGUGUACACCACAACAGUUGUGAUUGGCAAAUAAAUCGAGUGAAAAAGAAAUUUGGCGCAAUUUUU